AUGGCUUGGUUGAGACCGAUGCUAUUGGAAAAAAAAUAUACUUGGUCUAAUUGUAGAAAUGGAGCUCAAAGAAUUGUUUCUAAACAUGAUAAAGCGGUUGUUAACGAUGCUUGGUGCUAUAAGUAUGCUAAUUGGAGAUGUAAGGCCUUGCCAAGGGUUUGCUCGGAUCACUCUCCUUUUUUUGGGUUUGCUUUUGAGAAUCCAAGGCCGUCAAGAGUUCCUUUUAGAAUUCAGAAGAUGUGGCUUUCUCAUCCAGGUUUUAUGCAGCUGGCUGAGGAGAACUGGAAUUUGGAUCUUCAUGGUGCGCCCCCUUAUGUUUUUACUUCCAAGCUAAAGAGAUUAACGAAGGUGCUGAAGAUUUUGAAUAGAACUAUUUUUGGAUACGUGCAAUUUCGAUUGAAGCAGGCUGAACUGAAACUUGAAACUGAGAAUGAUCUUCUUGAUUAUGACCCGGCUGAUGAGUUUCAAUUCCUAAAGGUUGCGGAUGCUAAAAAGGCUGUUGAGGAUGCGAGAACGGAGUUGGCAGUUAUGCUUAAAAUGAAGUCGAGAGUAACUUGGUUGGAGGAUGGUGAUCAAAAUACUCGUUUCUUUUAUAAUAGCAUAUGUAUGAGGCGAAGUCAAAAUACCAUCUCAGAACUUAAGGUUUCUACUGACACUACUUUGUUUUUGCAGGAUGAGAUAAAGGAUUUCAUUGUUAAUCAUUAUCAGUACAAAUUCAAUGGUGGUGACGUCAAUAUUGAUCCAGCUUUGUUUGAUAUUGAACAUGAGAGUAUUUCAGUUGCUGAAAGCGCUUUCAUGGAUGUUAUUCCGUCUUUGGAGGAAGUUAGAGUGGCAGUUUUUGACUUAGGAGCGGAUUAUGCGCCUGGCCCAGAUGGCUUCACAGAUUAUAGUCCAAUUGGCUUGAGUAAUUUUUUCUUCAAGAUCAUUACUAAGAUUAUGGCUACCAGGCUUGGUACUGUGCUAAAUAAGCUGAUCUCUGAAAAGCAAGUGGCAUUUAUGAAGGGUAGAAAUAUACAUGAGAAUAUAGCUUUGGCGUCUGAAUUGAUCAAUGAGAUCAAUAGGAAAGGAAACAUGGUAAUGUUGGUCUCAAACUGGAUAUUGCUCAAGAUAUUGAUAUGCUCAGCUCGUAUUUCUGUCAUGAUUAAUGGCUUCCCUGAAGGUUAUUUUAGUAUUACUAGAGGUUUGCAUCAAUGUGAUCCUAUUUCCACUUUGAUAUUUGUUCUUAUUGAAGAUGUUUUAAAUCGCAAUCUUUCCAAGUUGUUUCAAAAUCGUAGUAUGAAUGUUAUGGUUAGUAAAAAAGCUGUGGCGUCUACACACCUGAUUUUUGCGGAAGAUAUCCUUAUUUUCUGCAGAGGUAAUCUUCAUAGUUUGCAGAAGAAUAUGCUAUUUUUGUAUCAACAUGCGUGUGGCCAGUGCGUAAACUAUGCAAAUAGCAAGUUUUAUUAUGGAGGUGGUAGAAUUUCUCGUGCUAUUGCUAUGUCUAAUUAUUUGGGUAUGGAGAGAGCUCUUUUUCCGGAUAAAUACUUAGGAGUUCAAUUGAAGCCUCGUAUUGUUCGCCAUAUUCAUGUUCGCCAAGUUGUUGAAAAGAUUAUGGACAAGUUGGCUGGCUAG